AUGAAGGUCAGCACGACGCUCCUGGUCGCGGCGCUGGCUGUCGCUGCUGUCGUCUCGGCCGACACGGACGUGUCCGUUUGCAGAGAUGCUACUUACACGCUCGCAGAUUCGCGCGGUGCCAUUUGCUCCGGCGCAGGCGACGCCCCCGCAGGCACUGCCUGCCCGCUCAAGGGCGACGUUGCCACGGCUGACUGCCACUCGUACCUGCCAUCAUAUGACGGAUCUCAGUGUGUAGCACAGGAAAACGCCGAAUGCAGUAUCGUGAACGGCAACACGUGGGGCUGUGUGUUCCCGUCUGUGGGCUGCGCUGGCAGCAGCUCGUCGAACGCGACGACUCCAUGCCCCGUCACGAGCCUGCCGGACACCAACGCGACGACCCCGUGCCCAGUGACUUCACUUCCUGAUACAGAGACCACGACACCGUGCCCCGUGACUUCACUGCCGGACACGCCUUGCCCCAAACAACGCCGUGCCCAGUGA